AUGCGUGCUGCAUUUAUAUUAUUGGCCCUAGGCCUCGCUGCGGUUACAGCCGUACCUUCGAAUCCACAAAGGAUUGUCGGAGGAUCAGUCACAAAUAUUAGCCAGUACCCGUAUGGUGUGGCUCUCCUCUACUCAUGGUCAGGAAGUGGUAGCUUCCUUCAGGCCUGUGGAGGCACCAUUUUGAACAACAGGGCUGUACUUACUGCCGCACAUUGCCUUAUUGGUGACACAAUCAUUCGCUGGCGCAGUCGCGUUGGUUCAACCUUUGCCAACAGCGGUGGAAUUGUUCACACGACCAGCAGAAUAAUUCUUCAUCCUAACUACAACACCAACACCUUUGACCAAGAUAUAGCAAUCAUGCAUAUCACCGGAUCUUUCUCUUUCAAUAAUAAUGUACGUGCCGGUCGAAUUGCUGGCAGCAACUACAAUCUUGCUGAUAACCAACCAGUUUGGGCCAUCGGAUGGGGAGCUACUAGUGUUGGUGGAAGUUCUUCUGAACAGCUUCGCCACGUCCAAAUUUGGACUGUUAACCAAGCUAUCUGCAGAAGUCGUUACGCUGAGUUAGGUCGCACAAUCACUGACAAUAUGCUGUGCUCCGGUUGGCUAGACGUUGGUGGUCGCGACCAAUGUCAGGGAGACUCUGGUGGUCCUCUGUUCCAUAAUGACGUUGUUGUCGGUGUUUGCUCUUGGGGAGAGAGAUGUGCCCUGGCCCGUUACCCUGGUGUUAAUGUUCGUGUAUCUCGCUACACAUCUUGGAUUCAAAACAAAAUGCGUGCAACAUUUUUAGUGGCCCUUAGCUUGGCUGCGGUUUCAGCCGUGCCUUCAAAUCCGCAAAGAAUUGUUGGCGGAUCAGUAACAACCAUUGACAGAUACCCAAGCGGGGUUUCUCUUUUGUAUUCAUGGACAGGAAUUAGUAACUACGUACAAACCUGUGGUGGUGCCAUUAUAAACAACAGAUCCAUUCUCACCGCUGCACAUUGCCUUGAUGGUGACACCAUUAACCGUUGGCGCGCACGAGUUGGUUCUACCAACGCCAACAGUGGUGGAGUUGUUCACACGACCAACAGAAUCAUAAUUCAUCCCGGCUAUAAUAGACGCACCGUAGACAACGAUAUUGCACUCUUGCGAAUCACUGACUCAUUUUCUUACAACAAUAAUGUGCGCGCUGGUCAAAUAGCAGGCGCCAAUUAUAAUCUCGGUGAUAACCAGGCUGUGUGGGCAAUCGGAUGGGGAAGAACCAGCGCUGGUGGAAGUUCUUCUGAACAGCUUCGUCACGUCCAAAUUUGGACUGUUAACCAGGCUACCUGCAGAUCCCGUUACGUUGCGAUCGGUCGCACAGUCACCGACAACAUGUUGUGUUCUGGUUGGCUCGAUGUUGGCGGUCGCGAUCAAUGCCAAGGAGACUCUGGUGGUCCUCUGUACCACAAUAAUAUUAUUGUUGGUGUAUGCUCCUGGGGGGAGAGUUGCGCUCUCGCACGAUUUCCUGGUGUUAAUGCUCGCGUUAGUCGCUACACAGCCUGGAUUCAAAGCAACGCUUAA